GCCGGUAUGCGCGAGGGGUGGCGCUGUGGUGCGCAGUGCUGCUCGUCUAACUACAACGUGUUGUGUUUUUUUGCUGUAGCAGCGGCGAAAUUGCCGUUAAGUCAAAAUCUCUUAUUAUUUUGAACCUCUUUUACUAAUUUUUUGGCAUCGAUAUAAGGUCCAUUAACAAUGGCAGCUGAGAGAGUCAUCUUUUCAAAGUGCAAAAAUGAGAUAAUCAAUGGUGUCUCCACUCAGAUUGCCUGCACAGCAUUUAGCAACUACAUUUUUGUGGUCAUCACACAGUAUGGAAAAAUGGGAACAUUAAUAUCACUUACACCUAAUGUGACAUCCUCUGAUAUUAGUAAACCUAUAUUUACAACAAAAGUACUGCUUGGAAAUGAUGAGGCUGUAACCCAUGUUUUUGCUAAAAACCUGGUAACGUUUGUAUCACAAGAAGCAGGAAACAAACCUGUCUUGCUGGCACUGGCCCUCAAAGACAAAAGGAUUGAAAGUAUAAGAGACAUGAAGGAAAUGAUCAAAAGCUGCCAAGUAUGGUAGAAGCUAGUCAGAUUGCUAAAAGCGAGACCAAAGAUUCAGAUGCCAAUUACAACAGCAGAAACGAAUCACCUUUUGUUCGGAGAUGAGAAUGCAAGAGAUGAUGAAAUGCUGAAGGGGAAAUGUGGGAACCGAAAGCAUUGAAGGAAGUUGAUGUCUUUGGUUACUGACCAUUUUGCUAAUUAUGGAAAAUUAAAUUCAUUAACUUUAUAGGGUAUCUGGAAAGAAGUGGCAUUUUUUAUAUUAAUUUUCAAAAAGACUAUUUUAUACUUUAAUACAAUAUUUAUUGUAGUUUUUAAAAGACAGUACUGCGUGAAUAUUUAUAGGGCAGCACAGCAUGAAAUAAAUGAAGUGUCAUAGCAGGAGUGAAGCUUUAUGAUACUGUAAUGGGUUACAAACUAGCAGACUGGCUGUCACAUAACUUUUACUGUUUUUGUGCUGCAAAAGUGUAAUAAAACGUGAAAUCCAC